GCUCCAGAGGCUCAACGUCCAAAAGACACUGGAGCUUCGUUGCAUCCCAUCAAUAUCAGCCUUACAACUUCAUAUUUCACAAGCGACAACUCCCUUUUUUUUUUUUGCCGCCACACUACCAACAUACCCUUGAGGCCAUUUCAGUCUCGACACCCAACUCAAUUCAAUAUGGAUCACCGACCGCAAGCUUGGGGCCGUCCCAGAGACGACGUCUACGGCGCCUACGAUGCCUCAUACAUGCAGACCAACGGUCCCAACCAGCACACCCAGUCGCCCGUCGUAACGGGAACAUCGGUGGUGGCGAUCAAGUUCAAGGACGGUGUGGUCAUGGCAGCAGAUAACUUGGCUUCCUACGGCUCCCUAGCCCGCUUCACCGACGUAAAGCGCAUCCGCACCUUCGCCGACACCUCCAUCAUCGGCUUCGGCGGCGACGUCUCCGACAUGCAGUACCUCGACCGGCACCUAACCGAGCUCGGCAUCGACGAGGCGUACCAGCAGACGGCCCACACGCUGAACGCCCGCAGCCUGCACAAGUACCUUUCCAAGCUUCUCUACCACCGGCGCUCCAAGUUCGACCCGCUGUGGAACCACCUGCUCGUCGCCGGUCUCGACGAGGAAGGCAAGCCCUUCCUCGCCGCCGCCGACCUCCUCGGCACCACCUUCUCGUCGCCCUCGCUCGCCACCGGCUUCGGCAGCAUGCUCGCCCAGCCCAUCAUGCGGCGAUACGUGCCGGACGAGGAAUCUGUCGCCAACGUGACGCGCGAGCAGGCCGUCGACGUCAUCCGGGAGUGCAUGAAAGUGCUGUUCUACCGCGACGCUCGCUCCCACGACACGUACUCCCUCGCCGUCGUGACCAAGGACGGCAUCGAGCUCACCGAGGGCGAGAAGCUCGAGAAGCAGAGCUGGGCCUUCGCCGACCGCAUCAAGGGCUACGGCACCCAGACCGUAUAACCCGCGCAUCUUACCUACCUACUCGCCGCCUGCUCCUCGAAAUCUGCGUCUACGUUUACGUCUACAUAUGCUAGUUAUUGAGCGUGCUGCCCAGCUAGAAUUGCCGUAACGCAGACGGAAGACUGGGGGGUUAUAAGAGCACAAGGUUAUCGCUCUCGUCGGUCAGCAUUAGUAGCCAGGCGAGAUACGAUAUCAUCUAUAUCUAUCUAAAUGAGAGAACAAUAAAGGAGAUAUACUAGCUUCUCCAGGGUUGCAAUGCCUUCCGAUCGAUUAGAGAAGAAAGAGGAUAACACGGUAGCAAGAAGAUUCUGUAUCAUUAGAGCCAAGACACAUGAACCUCGGCAUUGCCUUGACGAGUAAUUGCUUGCUAUUUUACUACAAAUCCAUAAGUCAUGGUGCGCCCCGAAUUUCUACCUAGAAACAUAACCAUCGCUACCUAAUUAUGUGAAUUAGAAAGUGUGGGUGCAAAUGCUUCCCGCAUCAUGCCAACCGUUGGUUAGUACAUCGUAGCUACAUCAUACCUCAUAGGUCUUAUCACGAUACGCGGAUUAACAUCAAAAUAA